AUGAACAACGUGGAAGAACUCUACCGCUUACUCCUGCCAAAUCUAUGUCAGUAUGUGGUCGCUCUUCUGAAAGUAUUACUUGCUGCGGCACCGUCAAACAAGGCUAAAAAUGACGCUCUUAACAUACUGGUCGAUGUAUUGACACCAGAAACGGAUGGAUGUGACAUUCUGUCGAAUUCUAUAAGUCUUGAUCAUUCGACAAGCAGCCCGCUUGAGGAAAGCGUUCGCUUAGCCAUCGAUAUAAAUAGGCACAAAGAGAUUAUGGUAAAGGCGACGUCGUCAAUUCUCUUACUCCUGAUGAAACACCUGCGGUUGAACCAUAUUUAUCAAUUUGAAUAUCUGAGUCAGCAUAUUGUAAGUGUUUAG